AUGAGCGCCCAAGCUUCCAAACCCAAACAAACCUCGCGAUGGGGCUCUCUUCUCUCUGGCGCCGUGGCCGGCAUCGAAUCAAAGCUGGAUACCAUAUUAGCGGAAGAUGAUCAGGCUUCCGCGCGGAGUAGGGCUGCCGAGAAGGCUAGACAAGAAGCGGCACAGCAGGCGAAGGGGGUGCAGUCUGAGCAAGUAUCGCGAACUUCCUCACGAAGCAGACCAAACGGCCGGCUUCAAGAUAGAUUGGCAAAGGCCGUGGUCAAGGGCGGUGAAACGUCGAGACCUGGCAGUCGACCGCCGACUACAGAACCGUCGCGGACAGCCAGUCCAUCACUAGACGCCGAUAUUGCACCAUCGAGCUUAGGUUCCAAGACAUCGGACACUGUUUCCGAGCCCGCUCCAACACGACCAGGUGCAGAAGCAUCACAAGAUGAAGAGAAAAUAUUGGAAAAUGCAGGGCAAGAGCCAUCGGCACCAUCAACGCUCGUCACCGCGCUACCCCCCUCCCAGCCCACCUCUGUCUCUAGCCUUCUCGGCAUCCAAGACAAGCCGUCUCCCCGUCCCUCCUUUGAGUCCACCACAUCAUCCCGCCCCUCACCAGACGCCCCCACACCCGCCGUUCUAUCCCCCACCGAGCCUCCAGGAGCUUCACCCUCACCCCUCUCCCCCCACGCUGACGAAAUCGCCCGCCUACGCGAAGACCACCGCACCGAGCUGCAUGCCCACCUCGAGCGCACCGACGCCCUCCAAGCUAAGCUCUCCUAUCUCGCCCGGCAAGCCGCCGAGACCGCAUCCACCACCGCCUCCACCCUUCCAACCGGGAGUUUAGACCGUAGAAUAGCAGAAAAGGACGCGCAGAUCGCGGAGUUGCUCGACGAGGGCCAGGCCCUUAGCAAGCGGGAGCUGGCGCAGCUGAGCACGAUCAAGAAACUGCGGGCCAGUCGUGUAGAAGAAGAGAAGGCGAGUACGGCGUUGAGGCAGCGGUUAGCGAAGGCGGAGAGCGAGCGCGAGGAGGCAAGGGAGUGGGCUAAGCGGGCGGAAGGUGCGGAAAAGGCGGCGAGUGAGGGGAUGAGAGCGCUUGCGCGGAUUGAGCGUGAGGUCGAUGCCCUGAAGGUCGAGCGAGAGGGUGCGGUGAGGACAAUUGAGGAGUUGAGGCGACGCUUGGAAGAGGCAGAAGCGAGGGCCGAACAAGCGGAGAAGAGCGCACCUGUCGGCGCGCUGGAGGCUGAGAUGAAGGCCGGUCGGGAGUUGAGAGAUGAGAUUGAGGAUCUGCGGAUCGAGAAGAAGAUUGUAGAAGACAGGGCAAGAGCGGAGGUGAGAGAGGCCAAAGCGGAGACAAACAAACAGGCAGAGAAUGCAAGCGCAAAGGAGAUGGAGCUGAGAGGCGAAGUUGCUAAUCUCGAAGCAAAGCUCGAACUCCUACGAGCGAGGACAGAAGAAGCGACAUCCGACCCAACGAACUCGACGCAGACUAAGCUCCUCCGCCAAAUCGAGACGUUGCAGACUCAGUACGCCCUCGCAUCCGAAAAUUGGCAGGGGAUCGAGGGCACGCUAACUGCACGCGUUGCUGCGCUGGAGAAGGAGCGCGACGAUGCAGCCAAGCGCGAGGCAGACGUCCGCCGCAAAGCACGAGAUGUUAAUGCAAAAUCGCGUCGCCUUGAACAGGAGCUUGACAGCGUCAACGACCGCGCCAAGACGUUCGAGCAAGACGUCCAGGAGCAGAGGGACGCGAUCCGGAAACUCCAGACGAGGCUGCGACAGGCUGAAGGCGCUCUCGAAGACGCACGGCAGCAAUUCGAGCGCGAUCGCAAGAUGUGGGAUACGGAGCUUCAGCAACGGAUAGCAGAAGAGAAGGUCAAAUGGCGCGCCGAGCACGCCAGCAGCAGCCACAGCAGCCAUCCGCCCACUUUAGCCGACGCUCGAUUCCUAGGCGCAGAGAGCCCAACAGCAACCAGCAGCCUGAGGAAACACUCAACCCCCGACCUCCUCGGCCUGCAUGCCCGCAGGACCAUGAACCGCACCGCAUCCACCGAUUCCCCCCUCCUCCCACUCGAGCACGACCGCCCUCCUAGCAGCAGCCGCCGGCUUUCCACGCAGCCUCUGCGGACGCCCGAUGCAGGCACGCCGCGCAGACAGGAUUCGACGCCCUCGCUCUCGCAGCUCAACGGCGGUGGCUACUCGCAAACGCCGCCCUCGAUCCAGGCAUACGACCACGAUGAGCAGCUCGACACGGGCUCAUCGCCGCAUCUCACAGUGAACGACAUCCUCUCCGUCAGCACCGUCGGCGCAGGACCGUCCGUCCAGCUCGUCGAGCGCAUGAGCGCCGCGGUACGCCGGCUCGAGUCCGAGAAAGCGGCCACGAAGGAGGAGAUGGCGCGGCUGGCUGCGCAGCGGGAUGGCGCUCGCGAGGAGGUCGUGGCGCUGAUGCGGGAGGUCGAGGUGAAGAGGGCCGCGGACGUCAAGGCGCGGGAGGCGGAGAAGAGGAUCAGGGAGAUGGAGCAGCGGUAUGAGACUACGCUGGAGAUGCUGGGCGAAAAGAGCGAGAGAGUCGAGGAGUUGAUGAACGAUGUUGCUGAUUUGAAGAACAUGUAUCGGGAGCUGGUCGAGGAGAAGGUCGGGCGGUGA